AUGUCUCGUGAGGAUCAUGUUUACAUGGCCAAAUUGGCCGAGCAGGCUGAGAGGUAUGAGGAGAUGGUUGAGUUCAUGGAAAAAGUUGCCAAGACAGUGGAUACUGAAGAACUAACUGUGGAGGAGAGGAAUUUGCUUUCUGUGGCUUAUAAGAAUGUUAUUGGAGCCAGAAGAGCCUCCUGGAGGAUUAUCUCGUCUAUUGAGCAAAAGGAAGAGAGCCGUGGGAAUGAAGACCACGUGAAAGUUAUUAAGGAUUAUAGAGGGAAAAUUGAGGCUGAGCUCAGCAAGAUAUGUGAUGGGAUCUUAGGUCUCCUGGACUCGCAUCUUAUACCUGCAGCCACUACUGCUGAAUCCAAAGUGUUCUAUCUGAAAAUGAAAGGUGACUACCACAGGUAUUUAGCUGAGUUCAAAACUGGGGCGGAGAGGAAAGAAGCUGCUGAAAACACUUUGGUUGCAUACAAAUCUGCGCAGGAUAUUGCCCUUGCUGAACUGGCUCCGACACAUCCAAUCAGACUUGGUCUUGCACUUAACUUUUCUGUGUUCUACUAUGAGAUCUUGAACUCGCCUGACCGUGCUUGCUCUCUGGCAAAGCAGGCAUUUGAUGAAGCAAUUUCUGAGUUGGACACAUUAGGUGAAGAAUCCUACAAAGACAGCACACUCAUCAUGCAACUUCUUCGUGACAAUCUCACUUUAUGGACUUCUGAUGUGCCGGAGGAUGCCGGAGCAGAAAUCAAGGAAGCUUCUAGCCAGGAAGUUGGGGAUGUUCCGAAGUAA